AUGCCUUCGGAGCGGCGCCAGGUCUGGCUCACCUUGCUCUCCAUUGCUCUCGCAGCCGGCCUUGAGGACGGGUCCGCCCCCUUCUAUGCCGCUCUCACAGCCGCUGUGGACGUCGCCAACAGCACCGGCGUCCUGGUCAAGCUCAAAGCGGCCGCGGAGACAGUUGGCGCCCGCUGCUUGGAUGGCACGCCCGGAGCCUACUACAUUCGCAAGGGCGCGGGCACAGGCGCCAACAAGUGGUACAUCCACCACCAGGGAGGCGGUUGGUGCGAGUCGCUCGACGACUGUCUGCGCCGUUCCAAGGGAGGCCUCGGCUCAUCCACCGGGUACGCGUCAACCACCUCGGGAAUGGGAGGCGGCUACUUCAGCCCUCUGCCGAGCGUGAAUCCGAUGAUGUACAACUGGAACUCGGUCUACCUCCAGUACUGCGACGGUGGUUCCUUCUCCGGCAACAACGACACCGUCACCGUCCACAAAAACACCAGCCUCUACUUCAGGGGCAAGCGCAUCCGUGAGGCGUCUUACGCCUCGCUGCUCGCCAGCGGGCUGACCAAUGCCACCGAUGUCGUCAUUUCUGGGUGCUCAGCCGGCGGCCUAGCCACCUUCCUGCACACCGACCAGUGGUGCGACGCCCUCGCCGCCGACGCGCCGUCGGCAAAGUGCGUGGGCCUGCCCGACUCUGGCUUCUUCCUA